AUGACUAAUUUGAAUAAUAACUAUGGUCAUAAUGUCGGUAAUGGAUCUCCGUAUAGUCGAAGUGAGAGUCGCAUUAAUGUUGCUCCUGUAUUUCGAACUAGUAGUGGCACGGGUAUAGGUUCAUCAGUUAUUCUCGAAGCCAAACCCAUAAUCAAUAAUAAUACUAAUACUAAUAAUAUCAAUAAUACUAAUACUACUAGUAAUAGUCACAUCCCUGGUCUCACCAUUCAAACUCCAGCAACUAAUGCUAGUGAUAGUUUACUUACAACUGCCAUCUUAUCCAACAUUCAGCAUCAACAUCUUGAAUCACCAUUUGAAAUGCAUACUCCUAAGACCAAUAGUAAUGGCACCUCUAGCCCCCAUGGAAGUACAUCCUUAACAAAUCUACCGAAUAUGUCUAAUUCACCCACAAAUAGUUAUAAUAAUAAUAAGUUUAUGAGAAAGAUGAAUGAUCGAAGAAAUUCAUUAGGUUCACCAUUCAAUAAUGAAAUCACUUCAUCAUCUAGUGGUUCAUCCAAUAAUCGUAAUUUGUACAAUUUCCAAUCGGCUCGAAAUCCCAAUGUUAUAAGUAGUAUGACACCUCGAAAGUACGGGAAUGUUAGUUCAACCAACUUAUCCAGCAAUAGUACGAAUAAUACCAAUAGUACCACUAAUAAUAAUAAUAAUAAUAAUAGCAAUAGCAAUGGCAAUGGCAAUAGUAUUAAUACUGGACCUUCUACUAGUAAUAACAAUAUCAAUAUUAAUAAUAGUACCAGCAGUAUUGGAUUAAGCAUGUUAAACAGUAGUUCUACCGAUAAAAAGCGGUUAGUAGAUCAAUUCUACAAUGCCAAUGCUAAUGAAUCAUCCAAUCCUCUGAGUCGAGUAGCUAGUAGCUUGGAUAUUAAGAAUUUAGUCAAUCUUACUGGUAAUAAUAAUAUUAUUCUUGAGAAGGAAAUGGAUAUCAAUGACAAUGGGAUGCAUGGAAGUGAAAAUAAUAAUUUAAUUAAGGAAAAUAAUAAUAUUAAGGAAGAAAUUAUUGAUGGUGAUACUUCAUUUGCAGUAUCACCAACACCAGUAAUUCAUCCAUCAGGUAAUGGUAGUGGGAAUUAUAGUAAUUUAAGUAGUUUGAAUGCUUCACCUAGUUUAGAAGUUAGUGGAAGAAAAGAUGAUUUAGAUUCUAAUGUAUUUAAAUUAGAUAAAAGUCGAACUACUAAUAAUGGUAUACCAAUUAAUGGGAUUAACGAUGAAAUAUUUGGAGAGAUUAUUAGGAAUGGAGGGUUUAAGUAUGAUGCUAGAGUUGGUAAUAUGAUCAAUGAAGAUCAUAUGCUUGGAUAUUUAAAGUUACAUGAAUUAAUAUUAAGAGAUGAAGAUGAAGAUGAAGUUAAGGAUGAUAAAGAAAAUAAUCUUCCUAAACAAAUGGGAUUUCAAAGAUUUAAUAAACAAUUAAAGUCUAUGACGCAAGAAUUAAUUCAACAAAGUCAAGAAAUUUCUGAAAAUGCCGAAAUUCAAAGUAAUUUAAAUGAUUUAAAAUCACUUGAUGAAUAUCUUGAUAAGCUCAAUAUUCAAACUAAAGAACUUAUGAAUCAACUUAUAACCAAUAAAGAAGAUUUAAAGAGUAAUUAUCAGAGAGAUAUUAAUGAUAGUAUAAAUCGUUUAAAUGAUAUUAGUCUACAAUUGACAAGUUUAGAAACAAGAUUAACUAUUUUAAAGGAUAAGAUUAAUCAGGAUAAGUUGGUCAUGUCACGUGAAAUGAUUGAUAAAUUACAAGUCUUGGAAUUUGUAGAUGAAAGAUUUAAGGAUUAUAUGGUUGUAUCUAGUAUUAGAAGAUUUAAAAGGGUUAAUAUUACUAUAUCAGUUAUAGUUGUACUUUUUGGGAUAUAUAUGUAUUACUAUAGAUAG